UCGUACCCGGAAGUUGUUGUCUUCGCCGCGAAAUAUCAACAACUCAAGCACAUCCGAGCGGAGAAAAUGUCAUUGAAUAUGUCUUCUAAAACAUUUUAGAGUAUCCUUUAGAACUUAGUAUGAUAGCUUAGUGAAUGUUUAGCUUGUUCGUAUAAGUUUAGUGUGCUUUUGUUGUAAUGCAGCGGAGUAAAGCCGCUGUUAGUGUGGAGGUGAAGCAGGUGAUUGGAGCUCUCUGUAGGCUGUUAGCGGACACCGGCCUGGACUCUGUCCCCGCACCGGAGACCUUCAGGCGGGCGAAAUUUGGUGGUGGACCCGAGGUGGAGGAUCAGUUUUGGCAACUUCUCGCUCACUUCCUUCAGACAGCUGGAACUGUUUCCUGUGAAUCUUGUACACAGCUGGGAGGAGAGCAAAAGAAGCUGGUGGCUGCUGGUCUCUGGCAGACUGGUUACCAUGCUGACUGGAUGUUUGAGAGGGAGGAAGGAGGCGGAGGUGAGGGAGGGCGAUGCUCCAGCAGAGAGCUCCUCCUGGCUCUGGGUUGGCUGCUCGCUGCAGGAACUCUGGAGAAACUAGUGACCCAGAGGGUACAGAAACUAGAUAAAACACUAUGCACAUCUACACAUGUGUGCACUGAGUUUUCCAAAGACCUCCAGAUAGACUCAGCAUCUCUCAGAAAGCUUCAGUGGCUCAUUGGCUCGCUGAGACAUCAGGGCCGGAUUCUGCUGUCCAUGCAAGAAGAGCGAACACGCUUGCUUCAUGCUGUUUUUCUUUCCAGCCUCUCCUCCUCUCCAUCAUCCUCUGAUCAAAUCUCAGCAGUGCUAAAGGAGGACUGUGUGUGUAUGCGGCUGCUCUGUGACCUCCUCGAAUCAUACCUGAACUGGAAACAGGUGGAAAAGGUCUUCUGGACCUGGAUGGACAGUGUGGUGGACUGCCAUCUGACAGAUCCGGUUGUAGUCGAGAAGCCCAAACACACAGCCAAAGGAAGGUCAAGAGUGUUUCACAACGGUAACCGAGGGCUCAUGAAAAUGGACGACAUGCUCCUUGGACUCCCCACAGGACAGAAUGAACAGAGGAGACGCAGAGGUGAUACAGAGGAUGGAAGAGAAGAAGGAGAAGAGAGAUCGCCGUCUGGAUCUGACUCCUCCUCCCUCUCUGGUCUUCUCGCCUCCUCCCCCUCCCUGCUGACGCUUCCUCAGGUGUACCGAGCCAAAUUUCAGACUGCAGGUCCAGGUAAACACGGCAGCCGACCAGCAGAGGGAGCCUGCGUUGGUGCAGAAGCUCCAGACGAGCUCCCAGCGUCUCAGGCCGCUAGGCUGCUCCGUCAGACGGAGGCUCUGCUGCUGGAGAGGAGGGACACACAGAGACUGACCAACAGGAUGCAGCUGCAGGAGACGGUCAGCAGGCAGGACGAGCUCGUGUUGAUACCCCCGUGAAACUACAGACAAAAUAAUGUUCAU